CUUAAUUUUCUUUCACUAAUCAAGCAAAGAGAUUAAUCUGGAGUUUAAGGAAAGAAUUAAGUUGUUAAUUAAAUAAUAUUUCCUCCCGUUCUAUAAAUGCAAUGCAUAUAGAACAUAGAAGUGGAUCUCAUUUCUUGAUUAAGACUACUUGACAAUUCUUUCUAAAAAAAAAAAAAAAAAUUCCAUACAACUCCCAAGCCUUCCAUUAGCCCAGAAACUGAAAGGAUUGCAGAGCAGGUUCUAGCUACAUGUACGAGUGGCCAAGUAUGUAUACGUCUUAUAUUACUUUGCUUGUAAUUUCGAUUUCUCAUAUGUGUUAAAAUUUUGUUUUGGGUUUUCAACAACAUAAAUAAGACAAACUUUUGUGGAUAAUCCUCAUCACCCAAAAAGCUGUAACUACAAUCACCGUAAAAAUAAUAAUACACAAUUAAAUGAAGAUUUCAUAAUCCGGUGUCAUGAUGUCAAUUCGAGUAAUGAAGCGAAGUUGAAAAAUAGAUCUUAUUAUCUAAUUUCCUUUGUGUAUAGUAUAUUUUUCCUCGAGAAAUGUCAAGAACAUAGUUAGAAAGAACCACUACCCACAAUCCCUUCCCAUCCCACUUACAAGCCAACCAACAAAGUCAAAAGAAACUAACUCUAAUCGGGACAGCAGCAGGGCUUUACGUGCCACUCUAUGAGCAACCCAGUUAACAGUCCGCGGAACUGCCCUAAAUACUAUACAAAGAGAACAAGACUCAGGAAGAUAACAACAAUCUCGAAGAAUGGGGCCACCAAUCGAAUCCUCCACCAAUCGAAGCUUGAGCUGACGGAUGACCACUUCUGCAUCGCCUUCAGUGAUAACCGGAGACAAACUUCUAGAAGUUGCAAGAGAGAUUGCAUCCCUGGCUGCAAGGAGUUCUGCAAGAUAAGGAUCCGAGAUACCAUAAUGCUGAGCACCACGGGAAGAAGCACAUGCCCAUCCAAGCCGCGGACAACCAGGCCAGACGAGGAGUCUGCACUUUGGAGAGCAGCAUCAAAGAUAAUCUUCAAAAGUCUUGAGGCGGACAAUCCCAAAGAAAAGGUCUAGCAGAGGCAGGAGCACGAGGAAGGGGAGACGAGUCAGGCUGGGCAGAGAGAACCUCGCUAAUUUGGAAAGAGAAUUGGUGGGCUAACGAACGGACAUGAGGCUGGGUAUUUUCAAAUACCACUUUAUUUCUUGAUUUCCAUAUUCUCCACAGGAGGCACACUAUCUGGAUAAUAUGAGUUUGGGACUGCUCAUCUAGCAUAAUUUUACGCCACUGCACUGCAACAAAGAAUCUUUAACAACAACAAGUUUUGGUCACCAAUAUUAUGACCUUUCCAUGACAUUUAGUAACGACAUGUGGCCUUGGCUCUAGGCUAGGGUUGGCCAUGCGGGUGGUUUAGUUUGCACUUUAAAAUGGUCACAAAUACUCUCAAACUAGAUGUAUUUUGAGCAGUUACGAAGUUCGUCACUAAAGGUAACUUCAGGAG